AUGUCAUCUCUUCCUAACAUCACUUCCUCUUCUCUGAUCUUUCUCCUGAUGGGAGUCCCAGGACUAGAAGUUGCACAUGCCUGGAUUUCCAUUCCCUUCUGCUGUCUUUACGUAACUGUUCUCUCAGGGAAUGGCAUUAUCCUAUUUGUCAUCAUCACUGAGUCGAGUCUCCAUGAACCUAUGUACUAUUUCCUCUCUAUGCUCUCAACCGCUGAUCUGGGCUUGUGUAUUUCAACAUUAGUCACUAUGCUGGGCAUAUUCUGGUUCAAUGCAAGACAAAUCAGUUUCCAUGCCUGCAUUGCCCAGGCAUUCUUCAUUGAACUAUUUACUGUCAUGGAAUCCUCAGUGCUCCUGGCAAUGGCUUUUGACCACUUCAUUGCCAUUUGUAACCCACUGAGAUAUGCAACGAUCUUGACUGAUUCCAGGAUCAUCAAAGUGUGGUUUGCCAUCCUUAUCAGGGGAAUGGUCCUAUUGCCUCUGGCCCUACUUCUUAAGCGUCUGUCCUUCUGCCAAAAUCAUACGCUCCAUCAUUCCUACUGUUUCCAUCCUGAUAUAAUCCAGCUUUCAUGUUCUGAUAACAGAAUCAACAGUGUUUUAGGACUCACUGCCCUCAUAGUUAUUGCAGGAGUGGACUCCAUCUUUAUUCUUCUCUCCUAUGUCCUGAUUAUUAAGACUGUCCUAAGCAUUGCUUCCCCAGAAGAGUGGCACAAGGUCUUCAGCACUUGUAUUUCCCACAUAGGUGCUGUUGCUAUCUUCUACAUACCUCUCAUUAGCUUAUGCUUUGUCCAUCGAUUUGGGAAAAGAGCCCCUCCUUAUGUACACACUCUAAUGGCAAACAUGUAUUUGCUUAUUCCACCUGUGAUGAAUCCCAUAAUCUAUAGUGUGAAAACAAAGCAGAUUUUCAAGGCCAUUCAAAAAGUCCUCUUCCCCAAGGGAUCCAAAGCCUGA